AUGUCUCCAGACCCUUACUAUGAGACAUUGGAUGCACCCGACGGGACAGCAUUGACGUGGAUCUUUGAUCAUUGCUUGCGUUACGCUGACAGCUACGAAAUUUCCCUUCGUGCUGCAUACGAACUCAAUUGCCACCCGUCGAAGAGCACAAUGACACCUUCAUUUAUUCCUCGAUCACCCUCCAUCUUCCGCGAUACCGUUUGGUCCAAAAAAGGCCACAACUCCAAGUCUUCUGUCGAUGCUCCUUCUUAUGACACUAAUGCCGAAUUCCGUGCCUGUUUGAGCAAGACUGUCGCCGAAGUGCCUUCUCAACCUUGCGCGCUCCCUCCCAGCUUCAUUAUCUCAUUUGUGCGCCGCUGUUUCUGUUUGGAUUUGUCCGAAGUCGACUUUGCCCAGGCUUUGACUGCCCUUGAUUACAUCAGAACCCUCCAAAAUCGCUGGAAAAAGGAGAUUGAUGCCGCCUUCAACCGACUCAACGUAACUUCAGAGGAUGCAAGGGACCCUGAGCACUCGGAGGUGGCUCGCAAUUAUCCUAACUUGUUGACCUGGUACGAAAACAUCAGCAACAAGGCACGCACGAUCGAUUUUCUGUACACUCAAGUCUAUAUCGGCCUGCGUCGCUGGGUUCUUGUCAAUCAGAUGAUGCUCGAGCCAUUCGACAAAGCCAACUGCCUUGCUCUUCUUAACACUCUACUCCCACCUGUCCACCGAGACAGCUCUACCCCAACACAGCAGUUGUCGACUGCCACCCUUGGGCUCUAUCGUGAUACCUUUUUCAAAUACAUUACCACCUUUGAGGCUGAUCCUUCAAUCGUGGAACCUAUCAUACAGCAAGGCGCUGCACCCGGUGAUGAGAAUGGAUGGCCUGCAUUGCAUGCCACCAUUGAGCGAUACAUGAACGCAGCCCUCGAGAUGAUCGACGAAUGUGUCUUGAUCAACGAGCCUUGUCAAAUUACCAAGUCUGGCGUGCAGCGCCGCACCGAUUCGGGUAUCAGCUUCGGCGUCGAUUUCGGUCCCUGUCCUACUAUUUCGCACUCUUCAGACACCGAAAAGCCCCUGCCUCAUUUCCCGGAACCGACCAUAGGCACUAGCAAGCAUGGUUCGUUCCUGGAACGAUUUUCCUCCCUGUCAGCAUGGGGCAAGAAGAAGGAUCCCAAGAAGGAGCAGCAGAAGGAGUUUGCGCGCAGUCUGAAGAAGAUGCAAUCCCUCGGAAAACUCACUAGUCCGACUAGCAGCGCCAAGAGCAGCACUAAGAGCAUCAAGAGUGUCAAGACACCACCAAAGUUCAAGGCAAAUAUAUCUUUCGAUUUGACCGAAGACAAGCGCCGGCGUUUGAUUGAUGAAGCCCAAGCUCGCAAGGCAGUCGGCGCUACCGAGGCGGCCGAAAGCAUCGGCCAGGCCACUUAA